AUGGAGGGAAAUAUAGUAAUUAAAAAAUGUAAUAUUCAAGAUGUGUUAAUACUGCGACAUCAAGUCAUGUACCCCGAAAAAGAUUUAAAAUAUGUAGAGGUUCCAGGUGAUUAUGAUGAAAGUACUAUCCAUUUGGGGCUAUAUGACAACAGAAAAGAAGACGGAGACAAGAAACCAAUAUCAGUAAUGUCUUUGUUUAUUAAAAAAGAAUGUGGUGAUAUGCAAUUUAGGAAAUUUGCAACUAUGGUGGAGCAUCAAAAUAAGGGUUAUGGAACAAUAUUGUUCAAUUAUGUUUUAAAUUUUGCCAAAGAUAAUAAUAUUAAAAGAAUAUGGUGUAAUGCCCGAAAAGAAAAAAUAGACUUCUAUUUAAGAAAAUUUAAUUUUAAAGAAACAAAUCAAACAUAUACCAAGGAUGGCAGAGAGUUUAUUAUUAUAGAAUUAAUAUUAUAA